AAAGCGCAUUGUUUUUGCUGGAAUUGUCGCUGGAACAGAUACGACGCCGAGCCCGUCGAACAAGCCAGGGCAGAUUGGUAACACUCCUGACCGACGAACAAACAGAAGGCUACUGAACGCACAAUGAGUCUCGCCCAGCUGCAAUCCGAACGCGCCGACUAUGAGCGCAACCUCGUCGAAGUCGAGCAGAUGCUCGCCGAGGUGCCCGAUCUGGAAGACGCCCUCUCCAUGAAGGCAGAGAUCGUCGCCUUGCUCGAAGAUGUCGAUAGCAGAAUCGCCGCUCUGAAACCAGAACCGCCCACCGCCAAAGUAGAAGCCACCUCGUCGAGCGAGAAGUGGAGCAAGGAAAACCACCCGGCAUACCGCAAGCAGGCACCCAGCGCUGCCCCUGCCGUCGAAGAGAAGAAAGCUCCCGUUUCUUUCAAGGUCAACGAUAACGUUUUGGCCAAGUAUGCAGGCGACAAGCAGUUCUACGAAGCGCGCAUCAUCUCCGUCACUGGCUCCUCGGCCGCUCCCAUCUACACAGUCAACUUCAAGGGCUACACAGGCACAGAGACGUUGCGUCAAGAACACUUGCGCCCUCUUCCUGCUGCUUCAUCUUCGACUUCUCAGAAGCGCAAGGCUGAUGGCUCUCCUGCAGUCUCCGUUCCUUCUACACCUACAGUCAGCACUCCCAUUCCCGGUGUCAUCUCCGCCGAGGCAAACAUCAACCCUGCCCUAGCCAGCGCCGCCAAGAAGGAUCAGAUCAAACCUCUCGACGGUGACAGAAAGCCCCCGAAGAAAGUGAAGACCUCCAAGGCUCUCGAAAGUAGCAAGAACAACUGGCAGUCAUGGCAGUCAAAGGCCUCUUCCGGCAAGGCUGCCAAGGUUGUCCAGAAGGAGAGCAUGUUCCGUACUGGUGAAGCUCCUUCUGCCAGAGUCGGUUUCACGGGUUCUGGCCAGACCAUGCGUAAGGAUGUCGAGCGCACUCGCCACAACUACACUCUUGACUGAAAGCUUUCUGCAUUUCUGCGUUCUAUCCUGGCGCAUCCACCAAACAAGCCACAGUCGUUCACCUCCUAAGCCACUUCUCUAGAGGUAAGACUAGAGUCGCCGCAGUUCUAACGGCUGCUUUUCUCCUUUUCUAAACUUCAUGUUCAUCAUUACUUUUUUCAAUGGCGUCUUCCGGUU